GAGGCAAUUAUGCUAAUUUCCAUUGUCGAGGAAUUCAUUGGAAUUUACAGGGAUUUCGAUUUUUAAUUAUGGAAAUUCUGUGAUGACUCGUGUGAUUGUUAAUCAAUGAUUACACAGGGGAUUCGCGUGGAGUGUGAAGUGGGUGAUGACACACGUAUUUGCUCCCUCCACUGGGAGUUUUUGUUAUAAAAGUGGACACAACCUGGAGCCGGAGUUUAAUACACAGAUGUUAGUCGACAUGUUUACGGUCUAUUUGUUUGCCUGGAGUUUAUUACUCACUGCUGCGUGUGCAGCACCUGCAGAAGGAUGUGAUAAGGCAAAAUGCAAAGGACCUCUGAAAUUCUAUGAGGAAUUGUUCUGCGAGCCGGUGUAUAAAAACGAGAAAGACUGUUGUCCGUACAAAUAUAAUUGUGAAAACCUGAAGAACAGAUCGACUGAAAAAUGUUAUUUCAAAGGACAUGAGUACAAAAUUGGAGAUCAGCUGAGAGAAGAGGAUGCCAAUCCCUGCGACAUCGCCUGCUACUGCAGGGAAAGCCUGGGAAGUGCCGGCUUCACCUGCGCCGUUGUCGACUGUUUCGCUCAAGCUCGUCCAGGAUGUUAUCUCUCCAGGAAAUCCUCGGACUGCUGUCCUGGACCUGAAAUCUGUCCUGGACCUGAUGAGGACUGGCCGACCUGUGAGGUUGAUGGAAAAAUUUAUAACGCCAGUGAUUAUUUUCAACCCUCGGGUGAACCUGAUAAGGAUUGCUACUGCGGUCCUGGAUACAAAGGUGAAAACGUCGAGCCCUUCUGCAAGAGCCGAAAAUCAUGGUCAUGCGGAACUGAAUUGCGGAGUGCGUAUGAAAUCCAGAAUAAUUGUCCACCAGUUUUCUACAGCUCUCAAUCUCCUCAGGAAGACUGCGCAGUAGCUUUCAGAUGUCAGAAUGAUAAGGACGAGGUCAUCAACUCCGAGGAACAUCCAGAUGUGGUGGAAGCGAAAUCUGCGGGUGAGGACACGGAUGUCUGCAAAUUUGGAAAUCUCACCAUGAAGUUGGGACAGGAACUCAAUAAGGAAACCGAUUACUCUUCGGUUUGUGUCAGGUGUAUCUGCGAAGUGCCCCCUGUACCCACCUGUCAAAGGCUACCUGAUGAUGUUUGUGAUGUUACCCAGCAUCCGAAGUUCAAUUGAAAUCAUUAUCAGGAAAUUUACGUAGCGAACAGCGGAAGGAACGAGUCGAUUUAUUAAAUCGGUAAUGAUUCCACGAAUAUCUCGGAAUCUAGUGGAGAUAGCGGUAUUAUUAUCAUGACCUUUUUUGUAAAUCUCAUUUCAAUCUACGAAAAAGGUUCUAUACUAAAUUUUUCUAUUCCUUGUGGAUUCAGAGAUAUUCCUCGAAAACUUAGACAUUCCUGUGAAUCGAUUUGUUCAUUCGAUUCGACAUUAAUUUUAAGUCAUUUUUCCGAAAAUUGUAUUGGUUAUUAAUAAAUAUUUUUAUACUGAA